AUGUUUGCAACCCAAUUUCGUCCUCCGACUUUUAAAAAAUUUGAAAAAAAUAUUUUUCGAUUUUUCCAAAAUUUCCAAUCAAUUAAUUUCUCAUCAGCCUCUUCUUCUAAAAAAUUUAAUUUUGAAUCUGAAAAUGUUUUGGAACGUUUUAUUAUCGAUAGAAUACGUUCUACUGGCCCAAUAAGCGUUUCAGAAUAUAUGAAAUUAUGUGUAUCUUCACAAUAUGGGUAUUAUGCACAAAAGGCUAAAAUAUUUGGUGAUGGAGAAGGAGAUUUUAUUACUUCGCCAGAAUUAACACAAGUUUUUGGUGAAUUGAUCGGCGCCUGGUUAUUAAAUGAAUUACAUAUGACAGGAUGGGAAGGGCCUUGGAAUUUAGUAGAACUAGGCCCAGGUUCUGGUGCUUUAAUGGUUGAUGUUUUAAAUGUUUUGAAUAAAUUAAAAUCUGAUAAUAAAUUAAAUGUUUAUUUAAUCGAAAAAUCGGCACAAUUAAUUAAACAACAAAAACAAAUAUUUGAACAGCAAUUAUUGAAUAAACAAAUUUCUAUUAAUUGGUUUGACUCUAUUGAAGAUGUUCCUGAAGGGUUUACAAUAUUUAUUUCAAACGAAUUUUUCGAUGCUUUACCAAUCCACCAAUUUGUUCGAAAUAAAGAAAAACCAAAUAUUUGGCAAGAAGUUUAUAUUCAAUUAACUACUAGUAAUGGAAAUGUUGAGAUAGAUGAAGAAGAUGGACAAAUAUUAACUGAAAAACAUUUAUGUUUUGGAUUAUCUCCUGGUGAAAAUAUCCACACCCGUGCAUAUAUCCCCCAACAUAUCAGAAAUGAUUUAUUUACAACAAAUGGAGGUUUUGCUUUAAUUAUUGAUUAUGGUCAUAACGGAGAUAGAAAAACUCAUUCCCUUCGUGCUUAUUCAAAUCAUUCAAUUGUAGAUCCACUAGAUUGUCCAGGAAGAGUUGAUUUAACAGCAGAUGUGGAUUUUGGGGAAAUUAAAAGAGUUAUUGAAGGAAAAUGUUUAAUUUUUGGACCUGUUGAACAAAGGCAAUUUCUAACCCAACUUGGACUUAUACAUCGAUUAGAUUAUUUACUUAGAAAAUCAACAACAACAGAGCAACGGGAAGCUUUGCUUAAUUCUUGUAAUAUUCUUGUAUCAGAUGCUGAAAUGGGGGCAAGAUUUAAAGUAAAUUUAUUUAAAAAUUAUCUAAAUUUUCGAAAAUAA